AUGAAGUUGAUGCGUAGUAAAAUUGGCAUUGGAUGGCAGACAUGUCUGGUCAAGUUUGGUGUGGAUGUUUACAGAGCAGAAAACACCAAUGGAAGCUCUCACUCUGCUCUGUACCCACCACAAAUCCCCACAAAACUUAACCCAACUUCCCAAUUCAGCUCAAACCCCAGAUGGGUUUUCACCUAUUUAGUCCCACCUCCAGAGUGGGUUCAACCCCUCAUUGACGUCUCUGAUCUCGUCACGGACCCCAAAAACCUCCAACCCUCCCCUUGGGUUCACCAAAUUCUCAACCUUCUGGACAAUUCACCAAACAUGGAGCACAAUUUAGACACUUAUUGCCACAAAUUUCUCAUCAAAUUGUCGCCCAGCUUUGUCGCAUUCGUGUUGCGUUCCGAUAGGCUUCGGGGCCAAUUCGAUACGGCUUUACGGUUAUUCUACUGGACUGGUAAGCAAAAGGGUUAUACUCAUAAUAUUGAAUGCUAUGUUUCUUUGAUUGAUAUACUAUCAGUAUCUGGUGAUUUGAAUAGACUUAGAGGUGUGUUUGGUGAAUUUAAGGAUAGUGGUUUGUUGAUGAAUGUUUCCGCGGCUAAUUCUUUAAUUAGGAUCUUUGGGAGUUUAGGGAUGGUGGAGGAAUUGUUGUGGGUGUGGCGUCGAAUGAAAGAAAAUGAUAUUGAGGCGAGUUUGUAUACGUAUAACUUUUUAAUGAAUGGGUUGGUGAAUUCAAUGUUUAUUCAAUCCGCAGAGCGGGUUUUUGAGGUGAUGGAAGGUGGGAAGGUUGGGUCAGAUGUUGUAACAUAUAACACAAUGAUUAAAGGGUAUUGUAAGUCAGGGAAGACCCAGAAAGCAAUGGAGAAAUUUAGAGAUAUGGAAGUGAGAAAUGUGGAACCUGAUAAGAUCACUUAUUUAACUUUGAUGCAGGCGUGCUAUUCGGAGGGCGAUUUCGAUUCUUGUUUGAGUCUUUACCAAGAAAUGGAAGAGAAGCAAUUGGAGAUUCCACCUCAUGCUUAUAGUUUAGUGAUUGGAGGGCUUUGUAAAGAUGGGAAGUCUUCGGAAGGCUAUGCUGUUUUUGAAAAUAUGGUUCGGAGUGGUUGUAAAGCUAAUGUGGCUAUAUUUACUGCUUUGGUCGAUUCAUAUGCCAAAUGUGGGAACAUGGAAGAGGCUUUAAGGCUUUUUGAGAGAAUGAAGAGUGAUGGGUUUGAACCUGAUGAAGUAACGUAUGGGGUAAUUGUUAAUGGUUUAUGCAAAUCUGGGAGGUUGGAGGAGGCUGUGAAGUAUUUUAAAUGGUGUAAAGUUAACAAUGUGUCUGUAAAUGCAGUGUUCUACUCAAGUCUCAUUGAUGGUCUUGGAAAAGCUGGGAGGGUUGAUGAAGCUGAGAAACUUUUUGAAGAAAUGGUUAAGAAGGGAUGCACACGGGAUUCAUAUUGCUAUAAUGCACUUAUUGAUGCCUUGGCUAAAAAUGGGAAGAUUGAUGAAGCAUUAGUGCUCUUUAAGAGAAUGGAAGAUGAAGGUUGUGAUCAGACUGUGUAUACGUAUACCAUAUUAAUCGACGGAUUAUUCAAAGAGCAUAGAAAUGAAGAGGCAUUGAAGUUGUGGAAUAUGAUGAUUGAUAAGGGUAUUACUCCUACUGCUGCUUCUUUUAGAGCUCUUUCAACUGGGCUCUGUCUCUCAGGCAAAGUGGCAAGGGCUUGCAUGAUUUUAGAUGAUCUGGCACCGAUGGGGAUCAUUCCAGAAACAGCUUUUGAAGAUAUGAUCAAUGUUUUGUGCAAAGCUGGCCGUAUUGAGCAGGCUUGCAAGUUGGCCGAUGGGACUGUUGAUAGGGGACGAGAAAUACCUGGAAGAGUUCGCACUAUUCUGAUCAAUGCCUUGAGAAAAGCAGGGAAUGCAGAUUUGGCGGAAGGUCGUCUGGUGAUGAAUUUGGUGGCGAUGGAUUCGUCGUGA